AUGGCGAGAGGCACGCGCGGCGCUGAUCACCAGCCUGACCCAAGCUCUAGCCGCCAGAGGCCUUCAGUCGCCUCGGUCUGCAAAAGUAAGCAUGGGCCACGUAGCAACCUGAAGAUCAAGAAGAAGGCGCCCUGGGGUGCACAGCAGCUGCGCGACUCGUGGAGCGAGGAUGCCAUGUCGAAGCGAGAUCGUGACAGCAUGGAUGAGCGGAUUCACCGCGAGUACCGCUACCACCCCGACGAGUUCCGCCGCCACUACAUACGCUACACUGCAAUGCUCACCAUUCCGUGCAUUAUGUUUGGCAUGUCCAUCACAUACUACUACGAGACGGGCCGGCCGUUCUGGCAUGCCGACCCGCAACACUUGCUGAACCUCUUGCGUGCGAUGGACACCUCGCCUCGCAGCAAAUUGUACGCGUACAGGCUGGCUGAAACACAUGACUUGCCGGCUCACGUGCUGAAGCACAAGUCCGAGAACAUGGAGAAACGCGAGUAUGAGGAGCGCGUAUUUCGGUUAACGCACUCAGCCUUUGAACGACCUAGCAGGGACGCCUUGCGGCUGAUGGAGCUGGAGGAGCGGCUAAAGGCAAAUGAAAGAGCGUCUGAGGUGGCGGUGCCGGCGGAGUCAGAGGCGACGUAA